GCCGUCCUCCUGCAUCGUCAAAUCAUGAUGGAUUGUUAUUGGACCUGCAAACUCAGCCCGUUUGGUCCAUCAUGAAUAAGUUCACUUUGACUCCAUUACUCUGAACCGCAAAACUAGAUAUCUUAUCUCUAAACUGUUAAAACCGGUGCAAUUUGAUUCCCUCGACGAUUUUAACGUGGCAUGUUAAAAAAAUCAAACUUAUAAUAUGAAAUAAAUAGUCCCAUGAAAAAAAAUUAGCAGCCCACUCCCAAUAACAACCAGCAACCCAUAGUUCUAAGAAGAAAAGAAAAAAAAUAAAAAUAGCAGAAAAGCAAAAUAAAAAUAAAAAGGGGCAGGCGAAGAGAGGAAAGAGAAGACGAAGGAGAAGGGAGAUCCUCUUCCCGCUCUAUUCCCUUCCCUUCCCUUCCUUGCCGACCCCCGUAAUAUUCCCUUCUCCUCCUCCUCCCGCUUGCUUUCCUUUCCCCUCACUCUCUCUAGCUCGCUCGCUCCCACCACCUUUCUUUGCUUUCUUUGACCACCACCAUUGUCCCCCUCCGCUCCACAUGCUGUGGCGGGCGCUGUGGUGGUGGCGGCGGUGGGUCGCCGUCGCGGGCGCGGUGGCGUGGUUGUUGGCGGCGGCGGUGCGGCCGGCGGGCGCGGCGUGGUGCAUCGCGAGGAGCGGGGCGGCGGAGAGGACGGUGCAGGCGGCGCUGGACUACGCGUGCGGCCCCGCGGGGGGAGCCGACUGCGCCCCGAUCCAGGCCAGCGGCCUCUGCUACCUCCCCAACACCCUCGCCGCCCACGCCUCCUACGCCUUCAACUCCGUCUUCCAGCGCGCCCGCGCCGCCCCCGGCGCCUGCGACUUCGCCGGCACCGCCACCAUCACCCUCACCGACCCCAGCUAUGGAUCAUGCACCUACCCAGCAUCACCAAGCACUGCAGGGCAGUCAGGAUCAACCGGCGGCAUACCAUCACCGCCGGCCGCCGACGGCGGUGGCCUGAGCCCCCCGGACCUCGGCUCCAGCGACGACUCUGGCGCCGCCGCCCGAUCCCGCCUCGCCGCCGCGCCAUUCCUUCCCCGGCUUGCUCUGUCCUGUCUCCUCGUGUACUUGCUGCACACGCAGCGGUGGUGAUGAAGGGUGAGAGAUUUAUAUAGCAUUGCAUACAUUGUUGCACAAAGCGGAAUUUGUAAGAAAAAGAACACCACAUUUUUGUUGAUGGGAGACUUGGAGAGUAGUGGCUCGUGUCGUGGGCGUACGUAGCUAGCCGUUGGUGAGAACCUGCCCCCGUUCAAGCUGAAAGGGGGGCUAGAGUGAGUGGCAACUUGGAUCAUGUUGGAUUCAUAUAUUCUCUUUUGUUUGUCAAUCUGUUUGUUGUUUGAGUUUUAAGAUUUUUCGUUUAGUUUUCUA